CAGUCCAAUUCAUCAGUUGUCUUUAGUUUACUCAACAUCAGCUACUAAUAUACCUGAACGAAGAUCUUGUUCUAAGACAUUGUAUGUGAAGAUGAUACCUGCAAAAGGCAUGGCUAAAGUAAUGAUUGUCAUGUUGGCAAUUUGUUUUCUUACAAAAUCGGAUGGGAAAUCUGUUAAGAAGAGAUCUGUGAGUGAAAUACAGCUUAUGCAUAACCUGGGAAAACAUCUGAACUCGAUGGAGAGAGUAGAAUGGCUGCGUAAGAAGCUGCAGGAUGUGCACAAUUUUGUUGCCCUUGGAGCUCCUCUAGCUCCCAGAGAUGCUGGUUCCCAGAGGCCCCGAAAAAAGGAAGACAAUGUCUUGGUUGAGAGCCAUGAAAAAAGUCUUGGAGAGGCAGACAAAGCUGAUGUGAAUGUAUUAACUAAAGCUAAAUCCCAGUGAAAAUGAAAACAGAUAUGGUCAGAGUUCUGCUCUAGACAGUGUAGGGCAACAACACAUGCUGCUAAUUUUUCAAAGCUCUAUUAAGAUUUCCAAGUGCCAAUAUUUCUGAUAUAACAAACUACAUGUAAUCCAUCACCGGCCAUGAUAACUGCAAUUUUAAUUGAUUAUUUUGAUUCCACUUUUGUUCAUUUGAGUUAUUUUAAUUAUCUUUUCUAUUGUUUAUUCUUUUUAAAGUAUGUUAUUGCAUAAUUUAUAAAAGAAUAAAACUGCACUUUUAAACCUCUCUUCUACCUUAAAAUGUAAAACAAAAAUGUAAUGAUCAUAAGUCUAAAUAAAUGAAGUAUUUCUCACUCA